AUUUGUUUAAAAUAGACGUGUAUAUCCAUUACAUUUUAACCCGAGCCUUCGGUCCAAAAGUUUAGGUUCAUUUCGGCAGUAUGCAACAUUUUCGCUCUUUGUAAAGUUUGACGGUUUCGGCUUCUUGUCGCUAUAAGCAAUUUUGAAUGUGUUCGAAUAGCGGUUCUCUGAUUAAAGAACACUUAUAGAAGCCCGUACUAUCAAUUUUAUCAGUUGUCGUCCGGUAAUCGCUGCGGCGAUCUCUUAAAAACCCGCACAAUUUCGCCCGCGGUGGCACUUUGGAAUAGACCACAAGAAGGAGCGGACCGCUUAGCCAGUAUGGAAAUUGUUAUAAGGUUUCUGCAAAGCAUAGCACCCGUCUUCUUGGCCCAUGGGAUUGUCGGCAUUAUCGCCUUCUGCGUGAGGCUGUAUAUGCAGGGCGGAAAGUUUAGGAAGCAGACCGAUGAGACGGGAAAAGUGGCCAUCGUUACUGGCGGAAAUACGGGUCUUGGCAAGGAGACCGUGAUGGAGUUGGCCAGGAGAGGAGCCACCGUUUACAUGGCAUGCCGCAACAAAGAAAAGGUGGAGAGAGCGCGCAGGGAAAUCGUAAAGGAGACCGGAAACUCCAAUGUCUUCUCACGGGAGUGCGACUUGUCGUCCCUGGAUUCCAUUCGAAAGUUUGCAGAGAACUUCAAGAAAGAGCAGAGGGUGCUGCACAUCCUCAUCAACAAUGCUGGUGUGUUUUGGGAACCGCAUAGAUUGACGAAAGAGGGAUUCGAAAUGCACCUGGGUGUAAACCACAUCGGACACUUCCUGCUAACCAACCUACUGCUCGGCGUGCUGGAGAGGUCGGCUCCUAGUCGGGUGGUGGUGGUCGCCAGCAGGGCCCACGAACGGGGUCAGAUUAAGGUGGAUGACAUCAACAGCUCUGAUUUUUACGACGAGGGAGUAGCCUACUGCCAAAGUAAGCUGGCCAACAUACUCUUCACCCGCGAACUGGCCAAGCGGUUGGAGGGAACGGGCGUGACGGUCAACGCCCUUAAUCCUGGAAUAGCAGACACGGAGAUAGCCAGGAACAUGAUCUUCUUCCAAACAAAGUUUGCUCAGUAUGUGGUAGAAACCAUUUUGAGGCCGCUCCUUUGGGCCGUGAUGAAGACGCCUAAGAACGGGGCCCAGACCACCUUGUAUGCUGCCUUGGAUCCUGAUCUCGAAAGAGUGUCGGGUCAGUACUUCAGCGAUUGCGCUCUGGCUCCGGUAGCUCCCGCUGCCCUCGACGACCAGAUGGCCCAGUGGUUGUGGGCGCAGUCCGAGAAGUGGGCGAAAAUUGCGCUGUAAAUGGGCUACUGGAAUAGUGUGAUUGGGCUAGUCGCAAUUAAAGCCACUUAAAUUUCACAACAGCCGUGGUUAUUGAAGUACGCACUCUUAGUAUAAUAGGAUAUACCAGAUUCAAUGGCCUGUACUAGGUAAUAAGAACAAUUAAAGGAUUUGCUAGUCGAGGAACAUGAUAUCCUGAUUCAUAUAUCCUACCUGUUACGUGGACCUUAACUACAAUAAUUUAGGUUGAUUGUUACUUUACAAGUAAAUCGUAUAGUUAGUUCAGGUAAUAUGUUAGAUAGGAACAUGUGUCAUAUUUACUAAAUAAAAUUUAAACUAUAUGUAAGCUAAAUAAAACUGGGCUCCAGUGUGGCAAAUCUUAUGCACAAUUGAGCAUCUCUUGUCUGCCGAGGAAACGAGAACAGGACCUUAAGCAUCACGUGAAAUCGAAACUAAAGGGAUAAAUCGACAGUGACAGCAUUUUCUUGUUCUCAUUAGAGUCACGGGAUUUUCUUGAAACGAACGAAUUCUCAUAAUUCUCUAUGCAAACGGGAAAUCCUGUGUUGUUGAAUCGCAGUGCGUAAAACCACGUAUCUGACAAGUUUACUACUACAGUCAAUAAACCUUAAUUUUGUAUAAAAACAAU